GUUGCUACGUGAUAUUCUACCGCUAUUCAAGCGACUAACGUUACGCACAUUUUCUGUCAUGUCCUCUCUUUUGUUUCCCAUUCAUGAAGCAACGUCAGUAAGCCGAAGAUGUGUCCACGUAAACGGUAACCACCCCUUUACAAAGCAGGCGACUGGCCCUUUAAGGGUUAUGGAACCGGGCUAGCCGAUGUAGGACGAGCUGACCGUCCGUCUGCCUGCCUGCGCUCCCGCUGCCAUCCUCAUCAUGGCCUCCACACCUAUACCAUUGAGGAUGAACCGACCAGCCAGCGGCUCUUCCCUUCCCGGAGCGGAAACGGACGUCAAACCGAAGCAGAGGCACCGGUAGAGGCGAGCCGCUCCGGGGAGAGCCGCCUCAUCCCAUGCCACCCCGGUCUCCUCCAUGCCUUCGUCUAAAGCCAAGUACAGCUAUUUGAUAAAGAGGAGUGCGAACCCGGGCGGUGGCAGCGGUAGCGGCGGCGGCAGAAACAUGACAACAAGCAGGGAUUAUUCUGUUAAUCUGUCGGUGCAGCAAGUGCUGAGCCUUUGGGUGCAAGGCACGACGCUGCAGCACUUCACAGAGAUGUGGUACUGGGUGUUCCUGUGGUGUCUCUUCUCCUCCCUCUUUGUCUACGGGGCGGUGGGGCUGCUCAUGUUGGUCAUGCUGCAGCGCCACAAGACGGGCCGCCUCAUCACCCUGGUGCUGGUCAGCGUGGGUUUCCUGGCCUCCCUCUCCGGAGGUGUCAUCACCAGUAAGUCCAGUUAUACUCAACCAUUUCUUUUAUUUUUUUUAUUUUUUGGGCUAAUCCUAUUUAUAGACUGACCUCAACAGCCUUCA